GUUUGUACAUGCUUGGUUUCCCGAAGUUUGAUUGGUUAGAUCUGUGUUGUUUUUCAAAACGGACGGCGGCUUCUUAGAACAAAACAGCUGAAGAACAUCUGAUCUACAAAAAUAUACUAUGUGAAAAGUGUAUUGGAACUACACACAGAGGAUGGAAUAGGAAAAGAAUUUGCUUUGUCAAUGCAGACGCAAUUUUGUACAUUUUAUGAGUGGAACAAGUAAAAAUGGCAUACAGUUUAUGAUAAAAUCUUGCGGUUGCUUUGUGGCAGUGUCGUUGUGUAUUCCAUGAUUUAGCGGUUGAACGGUAGAUAAAUGCACUGGUAGAAUUUUGAGGGACAAAAACUUCAAGAUCUGGAUGUACAGUUCCUUGUCAGCGUUAUCAUCAUCAUUAUCAUCAACACCCUCAUUUCAUUUACAGUCUUGCCUUGAUUUCGAAAGAUGUCUAAAAGUAGCAUUUCAAAGAAGCCUCCACGAUUGCGUUUACCAUUGAAAAAUCUUAGCAAUAAUUUAAGUUUCUUGAAUGCACUUAAUAUUGCUCCAUCAAAAAUGAAUUCACCAGUCUCCAGCCUUGCCAUGAAUCUUAGCGAACUCCAUACAGGGAGGGGAGGAACACCAAGAAGAAAAUUGUCUUUAUCCAGUAUAGAUACACCACCCACACAAUGCCAACCAACACCUGAUAGACUGGAUUCUUCAGAAUCAGGAUGUUUCAUGGACUCCCCUACCCCAUUGGAUUCACCAACAUUAGAAAUGAGCCUUCAGAGGUUUGCAUCAUCUAUCAAGCCAGAGAUACCAGCAGAGGCAUUCACCAAGAAGAAGACCAUUGCUUUCAGAAGAAUACAGUCAUUACCACCCCCUAUGAUGAGACUGAGUCCAGUAGACUUUCAGGACAAAGAGAAUACAUUCACAACAGCUGACAAUGACAGUCCAAUGUCACCUGACUCGGGUCUACCAGACAUCCAACAACCAAUUUUCUACAUUGAAGAAAACAGUUCACAAGACAGUGGUUUUAGUCUUGAUAGCAGGGAUUUUGAAUUUGCUGCACCCGUUGGUGUACCAAAACGUAGCAAGUUAAAGAUCAUCAGUGAAGAUACAUGUUCUCCCUUAAAGUACUCUCCAGUCAAAAGUUCUCCGUCCAGGGCUAGACCAAAGUCAUUCUCAGGAUUGAAAUUCUCCGAUAGUAAAGCCACAUUCCAGUCAGACAGUCCACUAAAGAUGUGUCCAUUGGCUAGUUUUGACGAAGAAGAUGUUGAUGAUGGCUUUCUAGAUUUGAUAGACCAUGAAGACAAUUCUGAGUCAUCAGGAGUACCUGACACAAUGACCAAGUUGUUUAAUGCUCCAGUUCUUAGCCAAACCCCAGAAUGUGAAGAUUACAUCCCAAAGGUAUCAGACAGUUUUGGAAAGUUGUUUAGCGCACCUGUACACAAUCAGACACAAAUUACUGAUGAAGAAACACCAAAGUUGCGAAGAAGUAGAUCACUGUUCAACAGGUCUCAAUCAUUUGAUGUCAGAGGUCGUAACAAGCGUUUUCCUGCCAGUGAUGACUCAACACCUCACCAGCAGAGUAAAAGACGCAAAUCCUUCGCUGUAGAUGAAGAUGAGGUUAAAGAAACAAAAAGUAUGCCGUUACCAAGGUUACACAGAUGUCAUUCUGAGACAGACGCCAUGAUCAAGAUGGCCCUCAACAAAAUAUACGAUGAACCUGAUCUGAUUGCUGAUUGUUCCAAACCUUAUUCCUUACCCGUCAUUCCAGGCAAAAAACAGGAUCUCAAGUCCAUAUCAUCAGAAACUGUACGUCAGCUAUUAGACAAUGAGUAUUCCCAUGUGGUAGAAAAGUUCAUCAUCAUAGACUGUCGUUACCCAUACGAAUACCAAGGUGGUCACAUAAGGGGGGCCAAAAAUAUUUACACCAGAGAAGCUAUAACAGCAGAGUUCUUGAGGAAUCCUACACAACCAGAAGAUCCAGAAAAAAGAAAUAUUCUCAUCUUCCACUGUGAAUUUUCAUCAGAAAGAGGACCUAAUCUGUCAAGAUUUUUACGUCAACAAGACAGACAUGCCAACAAGGAAUGUUACCCUGCGUUACAUUAUCCAGAGGUGUAUUUAUUGGAAGGAGGCUACAAGGUGUUUUAUGAACAAUUUUCGGAAUACUGUGAUCCCAUUAGUUACAAACCCAUGCUUCAUAAAGACCAUCAAGAGGAUCUCCGACACUUCAGAAUCAAGUCCAAGUCAUGGGCAGGAGAGAAGACCAACCGUCCGGGUUUCAGACCAUUGAAGUUUUAAAGACUUUUUCUCUAGCUUUAUCCUUUUUCUUUCCUAUUCCUAUCCUCUGACUUUUAACAUUCUAUUUUAAUGUUUUAUUAAUCAUUGUUGAAAAGAUUUGCCAUGUUUGGCAGCUCAAAGUGCUCAAUCCAUCCAUGGACAUUUUAAACAUGACCUUGUAAAAUAAAGCCCCUGUACAGGAAAUUGAAAUAGAGAAUUAUAAUAUUUAUCAUAUUCAUAUAUAUAUUAUUUAUUCUUACCAGUGUGCUGAAGUGUGUGUGUGUGUAUAUGUUUCAUGCUGAUAAGGUGCUAUUACCUACACAGCUGGAUGCAAGAAGUGUAUAUGUAUUGUGUAUAUAUGUAUGUGUAUGCAUGUGUGCAAUUGAUGUGAAACAUGCUUUUAAUGUUGUGAUAUAUAUUGUAAAACCUCAUUUUCACUAGAUGUUUUGAGUAUGAGCAAAUGCACAUUGAAAUUCUGUAAAUGUCUUUAAAUUGUAAGCCAUUCAUCUUAACUAGUCAGUUUGAAGGAUUACAUAGUCAUAAUUACAAUAAGUUCAGUUUCACAGUUGGGUGAUUUGAGAGUUUGUUGAUAAAUAGAAUGAAAAGGUUUUGGUCACUGGAAUUGUAAAUGAUGUACAUUAUAUAUAUUACAAGGGGUUGUAAUUAUAAAUCAGGGGGGGAUUACUCGAGUUCUUAUCUUUUUCUCACUAUCUUUAUAUCCUCAUCUUUUAAGUUUUAGGUACACCCAGUGCUAUAUAUUCUUAGUAGAUGUAUUAGAGAUAUUUUUGAUGUAGAUUGAAAAGUUGUUGAUAUUUGAACUUGUGAGCACAUGUCAUCAGGGCUGCAAGAAGGGAAAUAUGUCAAUUUUAGAUUAAAGUAAAACAAGUUCACUAUUCUUGUGAACUUUGUUAGUUGUUUUUUAUUUGUUUUAACUUAUUUUUAUUUAUUUCUGUUUUUCUUUACCCUGUUUAGAUAUCUAUUUCACACAAGUCAUUAACUAUGAAUGAUGAAUUUCAACAAUUUCUAAUGGGGGAAAAAUCAUUGUGACCUAAAUUGUUAAAAUAAAAAUCAUGUUUGAAGAUUAAAAAUUAUAGGAAACUAUAUGUAUGCGAAAAGCAAAGAAUGACUUGUGUUAAAUAAAUACAUUUUUGUUUUAGUAUAGUCUUAGCAUUUUAAUAUUAGUGGGUUAUUUAUAGAAAUGGUGAACCAAUCAACAUUUGUAAACCUAGGAGAAAAACAAAAGCCAUGCAUUAUCUGUGUUAUGUUUUUGUAUCACUAGAGUAAAAAUAUGCACAAAUAGGAUUAAAAGAUAGAUUAAUAUAAAUAUAAAUCUGUGAUGAAAUAGAGAGAAAGUAUUACAAUGAAGAUAUAAGGUAGAACAAAUUAUAAGUGAGAGGAAUAAUAUCAAGAUGUGAUCAUGUGAUACUAGUCAUGUGAUACCAAGAUGGCCGAAUGAUAUGUAGACAAAUGUGUGUAGUUGUUUUGUUGUUACUCCAUACCUCUAAUGUUGUUUUAUUUAUUUUAACAAUUACCUGUUCCCACGGAACUCAAAAUUCUCAUAUAUAUCAUUUGUAAUAAAUGUAUAAAAUAUAA